AUGAGCGCAAGCGGAAGUGCCAGAAAUAGCACCGAGGUGAGCCAUGGCCGUGGAGGCGCCGGAAACAUUGGUCAAGAUAGCACUCCCUACGGCGACGGAGAAAUCGUUCGCGAAGGCGCAGUCGGUGAUCACGGCGAUGGAGCCUUCAGCAGCGGCCGAGGAGGAGCAGCCAACAUCGGCUCCCCAGGUCUCAAAGCCACGGCACGAAAAGACGACAUCGUUGUGCCAGAGAUAGCGCUGCGACCGAGCUCGGAGAACGAGAACUUCCACGUCGGCAGAGGAGGCGAGGGAAACGUGCACACUGCUGCGCCAAUUACACAGAAGCACCCGGAGGGAUUGGCGGAUAAGCUGAAGAACAAGCUGUUCAAGAAGAAGGUUGCGAAGAAGGAGGAAACCACGACUUAG